AUGAUGUCUGAUGAUCACGGUUUCGAACAAGAGAAUUUAAAUAGUCUUAUUAUAUCAAUUGAUACAUCAUGUUCAAUUGGUAAUUAUAUUGAUUUAGCUAAAAAUAUAUCAAUUAAUAUUGUUAAUCAAUAUGGUCAAUUAGAAUAUGCUCCACAUAAUUUUAUAUUAAUAUCAUUUAAUAAUAAUUAUGCAAAGAUAAUUAUUAAUUCACGUAAACCAAAUGAUUUAAUUAAUGCUAUUCAAACAUUGAAUCCAUGUGAAAAUUAUACUUCAAUAUUAGGUGGAAUGUAUUAUAGUAGUCUUAUUGAAGGUUUAAUACAAUCUGAAUAUUCAUCUGUUAUUUACACAUUUACAGAUUCACCAGCAAGUGAUAGUUAUUUAAAAUAUAAAGCACGUGCUUUACUUCGAAAUAAACAUAUUGUUAUUUAUUCAUUUGUGGGUCAAAAAAUGAAAAAACUUCUACUUAAAAAUAAAUUUCAACGUACUGUUCAAUUAGAUGAAAAUGAUGAUGGUACAGAUUUACCAUCGGUUAGCGGUGGUUUGACAUAUCCUAUUACUAUUAAUGAUCAAUCUGUUAUUUCCGAAUUUAUACUUCGUCGUUUAGAAUGGACAAGAUUACAAACUUUAGUUAUUAUUUCUAAUUAUAAUUCAACAUCAAUUACAUUUUUUGUUGAUUCAUCAAUUGAUGAACUUCAUAUUGAUAUAUCAUCAACAGGUUAA